CUGCGGCUGACCGCGGCUCUCGGCGUCGCCACCUGUGAGCCCGCGAGGUGCGGCCGGCGUGAUGAAUGGGACCACCCCGGAAGCGCCCCCGGCGCCGGCCUCGGAGCCCGUUUGGGAGCGGCCCUGGUCGGUGGAGGAAAUUCGCAGGAGCAGCCAGAGCUGGUCGCUGGCGGCCGACGCAGGCCUGCUACAGUUUCUACAGGAAUUCUCUCAGCAAACCAUCACUAGGACCCAUGAAAUCAAGAAACAAAUGGAUGGACUAAUCCGGGAAACUAAAGCUACAGAUUGUCGCCUGCAUAACGUUUUCAAUGACUUCCUUAUGCUCUCUAAUACUCAGUUCAUUGAGAAUCGAGUAUAUGAUGAAGAAGUAGAGGAGCCAGUGGUUAAGACUGAGCCAGAGAAAAAUGAACAGGAGAAAACCCGGGAGCAGAAAGAAGUAGAUCUGAUCCCUAAGGUCCAGGAGGCUGUGAAUUAUGGUUUGCAAGUGUUAGACAGUGCCUUUGAGCAGCUUGAUAUCAAAGCAGGAAACUCAGACUCUGAAGAAGAAGAUGCUAAUGAGCGGGUAGAACUGAUCCUUGAACCAAAGGAUCUGUACAUUGAUCGCCCCUUACCUUAUUUAAUUGGAUCAAAGCUGUUCAUGGAGCAGGAAGAUAUAGGUCUUGGAGAGCUGUCUAGUGAAGAAGGUUCUGUGGGCAGUGAUCAUGGCAGUUUUGUGGACAGUGAAGAAGAGAAUGAAGAAGAGCACACAGCACACCUGAGUGAGGAAGAAGAGGAUGAUGAUGGUUGUGACAUUUUUGCUGACUCAGAGAAGGAGGAGGAAGAUACUGAGGACUUUGAACAAAAUACUAGACCUAAAAGAAGUAGACCGACAUCAUUUGCUGAUGAAUUAGCAGCGCGAAUCAAAGGAGAUUCAACCAUCCAAAUAGGUGAAAGCCAAACAAGAGACUCAAAGGCCUGGAAGAUAUUGAAAGAGAAGGAGAGGACGGCUGCUUCAGAUGAUGAAGAAAGUAACUUAUAUACACCCCCUCAGCUGACAGAUGAAGACUUCCUGCCUUUUGCCUCUAGAAGAGGCCUGUUCAGUAGAAGUCAGGGACUUUUUGAUGAGGAGGAAGGUGAGGGUGAUCUCUUCACGGAAGCUCCUAAGGACAGAGAAGUUUCAACCAUUGUUCAUACAGGAGAUGCUGAUGUGUUUGAUGUAUCAUCUGCUCCAUCUCUGAAGGAGGCCCCAAAGUCUGGGCAACCCACUACAGAGAAAAGCCCACACCUUCCAGCUCUUCCCUCUGGCCUCUUUGAUGAUGAUGACGAAGAUGAUAACUUUUUUAUAGCAUCCUGCAGCAAGCCUUCUAAGAUAGACAGAGAGAAAUCUACUGCUGAUAUCUUUGAUGACGUUGAAGGAGAUCUGUUUAAGGAAACAGAAGCUGCUUUACCAAAUGCUGCAGUGAAUCACACAGAUGAAAGUAAAGUAAGAGCAGAAAGACAGGUUACUCUGCCUCCCAGCAAGAAUCUCAAGCUCUUGUCAGAAACAAAGACUCAAAAAGGUUUAUUUUCAGAUGAGGAGGACUCUGAGGAUAAUUUUUUGGGGGCCACAGCUGCUAAAAAGCAGACAUCAUCUCUGCCAACUCGAAGUCAAGAGAAAACAAAGCUUUCUGAGCCCUCCAAAAAGAAAGCAUCUGCCUUACUGUUCAGCAGUGAUGAGGAGGACCAGUGGCAUACUGCUGAUUCACAGACUGAUUCAGCAUCUGACAACAGGUCUAAAGGAGAACAUGGAGAUUCUAAGAUCACCCAGAACCCAGAAGCUAAAAACACUGUGAAAAAGAUCAACCUUUUUGAAGAGGAUAAUGAUGAUGAUCUGUUUGCUAUUGCUAAAAACAGCCAAAAGAAGACCCAGAGAGUGUCCCUCCUCUUUGAAGAUGAUGCUGAUAGCGGAAGCUUUUUGUUUGGCUCUCCUCCCACAGCUUUUCCUCCUGCAACAAUGGAAAAAGAGACAGUUGCUCAGACGACACCUUUGCUAUUUCGUGAUGAAGAGGAGGAGGAGGCAUCAUUUAGACUGAAGUCUACGGAAGAGAAUGUUAACAAGUCCAUAGGACCAUCAGAUAAUGACAGAGCUAACGCAACUGAGGAAUCAGGAAAGGAAAGCUCUUUGACUAUAUCUGCUCAGGCAGUAGUCAAACCCUCUGAUGUAUUUCCUUCAUCAUCCUCCUUGGAGAAAGGAGCCAAGGGUAGAACCAAAACUGUUCUUAGUUUGUUUGAUGAGGAGGAAGAUAGAACUGAAGAUCAAAGCAGCAUCCAUGCUCCACAGAAAGAAGUAGGAAAGAAUCCGGAUCCUGAUAACUACUUCAAGAGCACAGGUGUCUUUCAGAAUGAAGAGCGCCUCUUCAGUCACAAACUACAAAAGGACAAUGACCCUGAUGUUGACCUUUUCUCUGGCACACAAAAAAAUAGGUUGAUAGAGCCACAUGUCCAUGUUGGGAGCCUGUUUGAGGAUGAUGAAGAUGAUGAUCUUUUCACCUCUGUCAAGUCACAACCUCUGAUACCAGAAAAGAAGAAGGCAGUGAAAAAAUAUCACUCAGCUUCCUCUUUCAAGAACCAGAAACCUCCAGAACCCAAUCAAGGUAUCAAAGCAAAAAGCAUAGGGAAACUGGAAACACCUCAGGACUCCUCAGGUCCCACUUCACUAAAAACCAAAGAGCCAUCUACUCGAAUUGGGAAAAUACAAGCAAAUUUAAUGAUUAACCCAGCGGCCUUGCUGCCUGUGGUGGCUCACCAGAAUUCUGGAACAAAGUCAGCAUUGCCUGAAUUAACUCUUCCUCCCUCAGAGUCCCAAAAUGCAGAGACCAGCGUGAGUUUUGAUCUUCCAGCUCAGGCAAACACCUUACGCAGUGCAAACAAGAGCCGAAUCAAAGUGAGAGGGAGACGCAGACCCCAGACACGUGCAGCUCGGCGACUGGCUGCCCAGGAGUCCAGUGAGGCAGAGGACAUGAAUGCGCCAGGAAGACUAACUGCAGACCGAGCAAAUGACACCAUUUCACCAGAUUUCCAUCAGCCACAGCCCAAGUCAUCUAGUAGGAAAGACAACUCUGUAGCAGUUGCCGCUCCAAUUUUGGAAGAUAGUUCUGUUCCUGGAGUGGCCAGAAGCCCUUUUACGAAGUCUCUGGGUCAGCCUCUUGAAGAUGAUCUUUUUGAUUCUGACGAUAUCUUUUCUAAGGGUGCUGGGUCACAGUCGACAGGGAGGGCAAAAGUUCAGGAAAAGGGAUCAGAGGGCCUGGCCAGUCAGCCAGGAGGUGGUAAAGGACAGAGCUGUAUUUUUUCGGCUCUCUCUGAGGCCGGCAGUGAUAAUGAUCUCUUCCAGUCUGUCAAACCCAAACCAGCAAAAGAAACCCACCCUUUUCCUCUCUUGGAAGAUGACGAUAAUCUCUUUAAUGAUCGGAAAGGCAAGAAGAAUGAGUCAAAAUUGAACAGUCAAGAUGAUCUCUUAAAAACACAAGAUAUUUUUGAGGAUGAUAUAUUUGCUACAGAAGCAAUUAAACCUUCACAAAAAACAAGAGAGAAAGAAAGAACAUUGGAAUCCAACCUAUUUGUCGAUAACAUUGAUAUCUUUGCUGAUUUAACUGUAAAACCAAAAGAGAAAUUCAAAAAGAAAGUGGAAGCCAAGUCUAUAUUUGAUGAUGAUAUGGAUGACAUCUUCUCCUCUGGUACCCCGGCAAAGAAAACCAAACCAAAAUGCCAGUCUGCACAGUCCAUGCCUGAAUUGAAAUCUGAACACAAGGUGGCCAACAUAUUUGAUGACCCCCUUAAUGCCUUUGGAGGCGACUAGAAUUUAUAGAGCUAUCCAGAUCGCACCAUUCAGCUACAGCUUUGAAUUACUAAUGCUAUCUUCGAUUAUCAGUGUCUCACCUGAAUAACAAAAUGCAAAUGUGAAAAUA